GCGCGAUAUUUUCUCUCCACCAUCCGGUACCUUCCUGUGAUCCUGACCUACCAAAAAUGCGGCUAUAAAGUCUCUCGGAUCCUACGGUCCAGUAUGCCACCGCUGUGCCCUAGAGCUGCCGCCGUGUGGCGCUUGCUGUUGCUCAGUAUCACCGCCGACGACACACACACACACACAGAGGGAGAAAUCAAUCCUGCACAUUUUGGUUUUCAAGGAUCAGGGCGUUUCCGUCCCGAUCCAUGUCCAGGGCUGCUGCAGGUGCGCGGCGCCAAUGGAAUCGGCCGAGUUAACGAAGCUGGUGUUCUCGCGGGUGCAGAAGGUGGACCCGGACAACGUGUGCAAGAUCGUGGGUUGCAUCCUGCUGCGGGAGCCCGACGAGGACUCCAUGGUGCAGCUCGCCUACGGGCCCGACGCCACGCUCGUCGCCACCGUCGUCGACGCCAAGGCCACGCUCGCCGCCAUCUACGCGCGCUGCUCCUCCUCCUCCGCCGCCCACCACCAGCAGCAGCACCACUACCGGCAGCACCAUCUCUGCAGCCCCCAUCCCGGCCAACUCCGCCAUUUCUCCCCAGGUGCCGCCUUCAGCUUCCAGUACUGGGCCGCGGCGGACUCGGGCUCGCCUGCCGCGGCAGAGAAAGAUCACUACGCGUUCGUAGAUGCUGCCGCUGCCGCCGAAAGCCCCUACGGAGGCGACCACCUCGAUGGAGGAGGAGGAGGAGGAUACUGCUCCUACGCAGCAACUUCCCCUGGCGCCGGGGGGCCGAGGAGGCGGUCCAACAACGGGAGGAGGCCAUGCCAUUACUUCUUCAAGGGCAUCUGCAAGAACGGCCAGAACUGCCACUACUCGCACCACCAGGUGUACGCCGACAUGGACCACCAACACCACCUUCAAGGCAACGGCGGCGGGACUACGCCGGGGUCGCUGGAGAGGCUCGAGGUGGAGAUCACGGAGCUGCUCCACUCGCGGCGCGGCCAGCCGGUGUCCAUCGCCUCGCUGCCCACGCUCUACGGCGAGAUGUAUGGCAAGGGCCUCCAGGCGGACGGCUACCUCACCGAGAGCCAGCGCCAUGGCAAGGCCGGAUACAGCCUCACCAAGCUGCUCUCGCGCCUCAACAAGAUCAGGGUCAUUGAAAGGCCGCACGGGCAGCACUCGGUGGUGCUGGCCGAGGACGCAGCCAAGUACACGGAUUGCAGGAGCGACAGAGGAGGCGACAUGCCGGCCAGCUCGAACCAGAUUUACCUCACGUUUCCCUCUGACAGCUCCUUCACAGAGGACGACGUCGCCAAUUACUUCGGGCAGUACGGCCCGGUGCGUGACGUGAGGAUCCCGUGCCAAGACCAACGAAUGUUUGGGUUCGUGAGCUUCCAGAACCCGGAGACAGUCACCACCCUUCUCACGCGCCGGAACCCGCAUUUCAUCUGCGGGUCGCGUGUCCUCGCCAAGCCCUACAGGGAGAAAACUAAAUGCAUUAAUGAGAGGACCAAGCCGAUGACGCAAUGCUGUCCUCAACGCUGGUUUGAGACCGAUCCAGAGUUCUAUCGAGAAUAUGAUUCUCCGAGGCUGGCGAGGAAGCAACUGGUGGAGAAGCGCGACAACCGGCUUUUAGAACUCGAGAGGAGGCACCUCGCCGGUCUCAGAGUAGAGCCACACGUUGCCUACUUCGAUUGUAGUAUCCGGGACAUCGGUCCCUUCAAUUCCCAGUCUGCAGCUGCCAAAGAAUUGGGACUGAUGGAUCCUCUUGUAACGCCUGCUCCAAUGAACAUCGUCUCAACAAGCCAAGCCCCUCCCAUAAAGGCAAGCAACAAUUACGAUGACCAAGAGAGUAACCAGAUUGAACUCCCCGAAAGCCCGUUUGCGUCAUCAGCGCCUGCUGGAAACAGCGUAUAAAAUACAUUGGCAGGAAAAUAAACAACACGGGACCAUAGGUUCGUGCUUCAGUAGGCAUUUGGUAUCUUAUUCAGGUCCAGGGGUGACAGACAAACAGCAUUAUACACACAGCAGCAGCAGGAGACAGCAAAGCAACAGUUUUUGUUGUAGAUAGACAAGGACAGAGUAAAGAGGAAAUCUCUCCUUAUUUAUACUUUAGACCAAGAAAGAAGGAACAGAAGUAUUACCAUGCAAACACGGUGAGAACACAUUGCAGAAUAGACACAGAUACAAGUGUGUAGCCUGAACAUAAGGAAUAGAGGGAAAAAAAUGUGAUAUGUUUAGCUGUCCGAAAUAAGACAGGAGAUACAAGUAAUUUAGAGUCUCCCUACAAGGGGAUGAGCCAGUCGUACAAAUAAACAGGAGCAUAAGUGUGUGUGUGUUGUGUUGGUUUUAGAAUAUAAAUAAGAACACGAGUGACCUGCUAUCAAUUUUAAAAUGCUAGUAAUAGUUACAGUAUUCAUGUUUGUAUUGUCUCUUAGUAAUGGAAGGAAUAUUUAUUCAGAGGAAAUUCGGAUGACUCAGCUCAUCCAUGCUGCCUUUCGUGUUUA